GUCUGAACUUGGUCCUUUACCUUUUUUACAUUGAUGGCUUCAUUCACCUUUCAUACAGAGAAACAAAGUCCUUAAACAAACUGGGCAGAGCUAGCAGCAGCACCUUCAUUCUGUUGCUGCAUGUCAGAAUUGUCUUUUUUCCUCAUAGAAACAUGUUUGUGUCACUCUUUCUGCUAUGGAUUUUUGUUUGGUUCGUCAUCGUCUUGUUCAAAUCUCAGAGGCCAAAGAACUUCCCACCAGGACCCCCCAUCUUGCCUGUCCUGGGGAACCUUUUGAACCUGAGCCUGGAGAACCCACUGAAGGACUUUGACAGGCUGAGCAAAUCUUACGGAAACAUCUACAGUAUUUACAUCGGUCCGAGACCCUCUGUGAUUCUGAACGGGCUGAAGGCCAUGAAAGAAGCCAUGGUGAUCAAGGGUGUGGAUUUCUCUGGACGGCCCCAAGACUUGUUUGUGAACGAUGUUUCCAGCAGGAAUGGUUGGUAUUACAUUACCUGAGAUGAACAAUGUCUGAGAAAAAUAUAGGGUACAAGCUUAUG